AUGGUCAGCCAUGCCAUGCGAGUACAUCAACGUUGUCAUGACCGUUCAACUGUUGUCUCGAUUCCAUCCCCCUUCACACAUUGCUCUUUGGGCACUGAAGGGAAGAUGGCGCCCAAGACACCAAUGAGAUGCCUCCGUGUGGAGGGGACUGACAUCGUUGAUGCUGAUGGAAAGCAGGUAAUUCUCAAAGGUUGUGCCACUGGCGGUCACACCAACAUGGAGAACUUCAUCACUGGCUACCCUGGUCAUGAGAAUGAGAUGAGGAAGGCAAUGCUUGAAGUUCUCGGUCAGGAGAAAUAUGACUUCUUCUUCGACAAGGUCUGCUCUGUUGCCCCUUCUUCCAGUACUGAUCAUGGUCUAACACCCGUGAAGUUCCUCGAAUACUUCUUCACUCCCUCCGACGCCCGCUUUCUUGCCUCCCUUGGCCUAAACUGCAUCCGCAUCCCCAUCAACUACCACCACUUCCUUGAUGACCACAACCCGGGCAUCAUCAAGCAGGAAGGCUUCAAGCUCAUUGAUCGCAUUGUCGACGCCUGUGCAGCGGAGGGCUUAUAUACCAUCAUCGACAUGCACACCUUCCCUGGAGGCCAAAAUCAAGGCUGGCACUCUGAUGCGGGUAUUCACAAAGCUCUGUUUUGGGACUUCAAAGUCUUCCAGGACAGCAUGACGGAUCUUUGGGUCGAGAUUGCGAAGCAUUACAAAAAUAACACCUGGGUCGCUGGCUACAACCCCAUGAACGAACCCGCCGACCCUGACCACACUGCACUUCAAGCCUGGUACAAGCGAGUCGAAAAGGCUAUUCGCGAGGUUGACCCAGAUCACAUUCUGUUUCUGGACGGCAACACCUACGCCAUGGAUUUCACCGGGUUCAAGGAAGUCCUCCCCAACUGCGUGUACGCCAUACACGACUACGCCAGCUUUGGCUUCCCAGCAGGCGAGCCCUAUGUUGGAAGCCCCGAGCAGAAGGAGUCCCUGCAGAAGACAUACGAGAGGAAGGUGCAGUUCAUGAAAGAGAAAGAUGUCCCGAUUUGGAACGGCGAGUUUGGUCCCGUCUAUGCGAGCCCGGGAGACGAGAACUAUGAGAAAGUCAAUCAGCAACGUUACGACCUGCUAGGCCAGCAGCUGAAAAUCUACAAGAAAGAUGAGAUCAGCUGGAGCAUUUGGCUGUACAAAGACAUUGGGUUUCAAGGCAUGGUCCACGCUUCGCCAGACUCGGCUUACAUCAAGCUGCUGAAGCCUUUUCUGGAGAAGAAGAAGCGUUUGGGUGUUGAUAAAUGGGGCCGCGACGACUCUGCCGUAAAGCACAUCUACGAGCCCGUCAUCGCUCACUUCAAGGAGGCAAUUCUUCCCGAGAAUAUCAACAAGAGAUACCCACAAGUGUGGAAGAUAGAAGGGCAUAUUCACCGAGUGUUGAGGGAGACUCUCAUGAGUGAGAUUUUGUGCUGGGAGUAUGCGAGUUACUUUGAGGGCAAGACGUUGGAGGAGCUAGAUGAGCUGGCGGGGAGUUUCAAGUUGGAGAACUGUGUGAAAAGGGAGGGGUUGAAUGAGAUUUUGAGGAGGGAUGCAAAGGGGCGAACAGCGUAGAUGGGAUAUUCACCAUCAAUCCGGGUGAACCACACGAGGAGGCGCGCUGAAGAAUCCUUCCAAAAGGAAACAGCAGCUGAUACCUUUUCAUGUACAACCGGCCGGGAGUUUACCGUGAUUUGUAUAGACUACCUCACACAAAACGCAAAUAGACAACCAAGCUCCUUUUAUAGUACGACCUGCAUGAG